GGUGUGCGUGUGCCAAACUGCCAAACCCCUGCGACUUCAUUGCUCCUCUUCGCCGCUCACCAGUCACCGCCACACAACUCACGAGCCGACGCAGGCCCACGGCACCAUGGCCGCGGGAGCGCGCCGCCACGGCGUCUCCGCGGGCCUCCUCCUCGCCCUCUUCGCCGCCCUCCUGGCGCCGCUGGCGGACGCGCAGGGGCCAUGGCAGGAGUGCGGGAAAAGCGGCAACUACACGGCGAACAGCACCUACCAGGCCAACAUCCAGCGCCUCGCCGCCACGCUCCCCAAGAACGCUUCCCGGACCCUCUUCGCGACCGCCACCCUCGGGUCCGUCCCGGACAUCGUGUACGCGCUCACGCUCUGCCGCGGGGACGCCAACGCCACGGACUGUGGGUCCUGCGUCGCCACCGCCUUCCAGGACGCGCAGCAGCUGUGCGCCUUCGACAAGGACGCCGCCGUCUACUACGACACCUGCUACCUCCGCUUCUCCAACCAGAACUUCCUGACCGGCUCCAUAGGCGGUGAAUUCUUCAUACUGAUGCACACGAGGAACGUGUCCUCGUCGGGCAAGAAGUACCAUGUCGUCCAGGUCGUCCUCGACAACAACCGCGGGACCGUCCUCAUCCUCAUGAACACGCAGAACGUGUCCGCGCCGUUCAAAGUGUUCGACGCCGCCGUGGGCGUGCUCCUCAGCGCCACCGCCGACUACGCGGCCGACAACUCGUCCAAGAGGUUCGGCACCGCGGUGGAGGGGUUCCAGACCUUCGACAGCCAGAACCCGACGAUUUACGGGCUGACGCAGUGCACGCCGGACAUGGCGCCGGCCGACUGCCGGAGCUGCCUCACUGAUAUUCUUCAGAUGAGGAUCAAGUAUCUCAGCGGGAGGCAGGGUGGCAGGGUUCUUGGAUUGUGGUGCAACUACAGGUAUGAGCAGUACCCCUUCUUCACCGGCGGCCCGCUGCUUCAGCUGCCGGAACCACCCGUGGGGGCGCCGGCGCCGGCGCCCGCGGCGGUGAACUUGACGCCGCCGACGGCUGGAGGAGGAAACAGAAUUGGUAGAGUUCUAGCUAUUAUACUUCCUAUAGUCGUCAUUAUAGUAGUUUGCUGUUGUCUCUGGAGGAGGACGAGGAAACCAGCAGGAAAGCCAUCACUAUUAGAUUCAACAAAUCCAGAGGACGUACAAAGUAUCGAUUCGCUCAUUAUUGAUCUACCAACUCUACGAACCGCAACACAGAACUUUGAUGAAGGGAAAAAGCUCGGCGAAGGAGGGUUUGGUGCGGUUUAUAAGGGAAUCCUCCCUAAUGGUCAAGAGAUAGCAGUGAAAAGGCUCUCACAGAGUUCUCGACAAGGAAUAAAGGAGUUGAAAACGGAGCUUGUUUUGGUUGCCAAGCUUCAACACAGGAACUUGGUGAGGCUUGUCGGCGUUUGCUUGGAAGAACAUGAAAAGUUACUUGUGUAUGAAUACAUGCCCAACAAAAGCCUCGACACCUUUCUUUUUGAUCCUGAUAAGAGCAAUGAGCUAGAUUGGCAGAGGAGAUUUAUGAUAGUCAAUGGGAUUGCUCGAGGCUUGCAGUAUCUUCAUGAAGAGUCUCGACUGAAGAUAGUUCACAGGGACCUCAAGGCGAGCAAUGUUCUGUUAGACUCUGAAUUCAAUCCCAAGAUAUCAGAUUUCGGCUUAGCAAGGCUAUUUGGAAAUGACCAAUCACGAGAUGUCACGAAUCGUGUCGUCGGAACCUAUGGUUACAUGGCCCCUGAGUAUGCUAUGCGUGGGCAUUACUCUAUCAAGUCAGAUGUGUUUAGCUUCGGCGUUUUGAUUUUAGAGAUUGUCGCGGGGAGAAGAAACUGUGGCUCCUAUGACUCCGAGCAGUAUGAUCAUCUCCUUAGUUCGGUGUGGGAGCACUGGACGAUGGGAACAGUUGCGGAGAUCAUGGAUUCAUCCUUGAGCAGCCAUUCUAGCGCAGACCAGAUGCUGAAGUGCAUCCACAUCGGGCUUCUGUGCGUUCAACACAACCCCGCGGAUAGGCCGAUGAUGUCAACUGUGAAUCGCAUGCUUAGCAGCAGCACUGUGCCCCUCCAGGCUCCAUCCAGACCAGCAUUUUGCUUCCAAAAGAGUGGCGUCAGCUCGGACAUGUACUCGGUAGCGUAUCGAGGACGAGCAAUUUUGCAGUCCACAUGCAUAUCGCCUGUGUCGGAGAACGAAGUUUCAAUUUCUGAAUUUGAGGCGAGAUAAGUCCCAUGGUAAUGGUGAAUCUUCUACUACUGCUGUUGCCCAAAUAAAAAAACGCUUGACUUCCUCUCAAAAAUAAAAAUAAAAAUACAUGCUAGAAGCUGGGAAAGGCCCUACACGCAGGAUGUAUCCUAGAUUACUACCGGUAGAUAUUUUACCACUUACAAGCAAUGGCAAAAAAACGGCUGUAUAAGCAGGUAUUUGCAAGUUGUAACCACUGCCACAUGUUGAUGCUCAUUAUUGCAACCUAUAACCAUAUAUGCAUGUACUGCAUCCUUCUUGGGUUUCCAUAAACCAAUGUGCUUCUUAUUUAUUAUAUUAUUAUUUGAGUGUUAAAAAACCAUCACGUUUAUUCUUAAGAUCACAAAAUUAUCACGUUCAUCAUAAAAAAAAGCUAAAUCACUCAUUGUUACGAACAUCUAACGGUCUAGAUUAAACCAAAGAGUCCAUAUCAAAUACGAUUAAUAAAUAGCUAAAUUCGUAAUUAAAAAUUAUGAAAAAUUAGUAGUUCAUUUUACAUACAGUUUGGAAAGCAAAAUAUCUAAAUAAAAAGUCCAAAUAAAAUAAAAUAAAUAAUAAUUGAAAUUAGGGUUAGAAUAGGAAAAAGAAUGAUCCGUAUCAAAUAUAAGCUUAGAAAAAAAUCAAAUUAUUAUAAAAAUAAAAUACCUAAAUAAAGAGUCCAUAUAA